UACAACGGUAUACGUAUUUUAUGUGCAAAUUCUGUUAUGUUUAUAAAUCCAACGUUUUCAUGUACAAGAAUCGCAUUUUGGUUCAUGAUAUGUGACAUAAUAUACUGACACUGGUCACUGUCACAAGACGGAAACGAUACUGUUUUAAGUCUGAUUGGCCAGCAAAGUAAACCUAAGAAAUGAAAUUUAUGCCUUUAUUCUGGAAACGAGUAGUUAUUUUUAGUCAAUCUGCAGCAUCUUAAUUGUAGAACACGAAAAAAAAGAUAUCCAGAGCUAAACAUUGCUUUAAAAGUAGGGGGUAUUUUUAAAAGUUACCUCCCAAGCAACGUUAAAUAUAAAAAGGGUUGGUGAGCUAGGGAGGGUCCCCUAGGUUUGCAAGUGAAAAAUAGUAGAUGUCACUUUUAAAAAAUGUUAUGGAAACUGAAUUCUCAUGUGUAUCAUUUUGUCCUAUUAAACAAUUGUCCCCAGGAUUUGUUACAAUUUAUGUUCUGGUUUUGUCCCAGUACACAACCUAACAAACCUUGAAGACGAGGUUGUUCCUGCAGAAGUAUUUUCCUCAAAGUAAAUAAUUACAGCCUCGAAAUUACUUAAGAUCUCUUUAAAAAUUUUACUAUCAAACCUCAAUCCUCUAAAAAUUUUCAUAUUGUUAUAAGAAUGUAUUUCACUGGAAAAGAUCUUUGGAAAAAUCUCAGCGAGGUAAUGAAGGCCAGGGUUUCACACUUUUUGCAUACCCCUGUAAGCUUUUUUAGCAUUUUUUACAGGUCAAGUAAAAAAAAGGAAUUUUUUAUCGAAAUGGCUUAGAACUUUUCUUGACAACUCUCCACAUUUUAGUCGCAACAUGAUGUAAUAAACGCUGUUGUGUCACUGAUACCUACUGUACCUACAAGACUUUGCUUUAUCUGAUGCUAAAAAUGAGCCUUUGGUGUUUCUGUUGCUGUUGAAGUUACCAAAUAUUUUUGCUCUGGCACUUAGAAGACCACCUCCUGACAAGUUACUAGAAUGCAACAAACCAUUGGGAAUGCACAGUGGUGCAAUUUCCAGAAAUGAUAUAUCAGCCAGUCACUGGUGGGUAACAUUCAAUACUAUUUCCAAAGGUGGAACAAAUCUAAUAAAAUUGCAACCAAAAUCACAUGUUGACAACUUAUCUUUUCCAUAUUUUCUGGAGAUCAUGUUUAGACAAGUUACAAUAAUAACUGGUUAUCAUUUGAAUCAUGUAUCAAAUUCAAUGAACUUUGAAGGUCAUUACUAUGGAUAUUCAUAUAUCAAUGGAAAUACUGCAGAUUUUCAAUUUAUUUUGAGCACUCGUCAAUUAUUAAUAAAUAGAAUCCCAUCAAAUGGUUCAGUAAAUUAUAGAUUUGAGACUCCUGUAAAAGCCAGAAACUUCAGAAUAUAUUUUUUACCAACUUAUGUUUUUCAAAUCAAAGUGGCUACCAUGCAGUUCGAAAUUUACGUAUGCCCGCAUUGGAAUUAUGCAAAACCACUUGGUAUGUCUAGUGGCUUAAUUAGCAAACAAAGAAUUAUGAGUUAUGCUAACAAACAAAGAUCAAACCCAUAUCUUGCACGACUUGAUUCACAAGGCUUUGGAUGGCAGCCACUUGACAGUGCAGGAAUCCAGAAAAAUAUUGGAAAUGCAAAAUAUUGGUUGCAAAUUGUUUUGCCAGCCUUAAAAAAAGUUAUUUAUAUUAUUGUGCAAGGAUCUAAAUUCAAUUCAAAUCUUCGUACAAAUUAUUGGAUCCAAUACGGGAGAGACGAAAAUUUACUUACAACUUAUAAAAUUUUGCCUCCACCAUAUGGUGCAUUUCUAAAUGCUACCCAUGUGUUUUCAACUCCACUAAUUGCAAGCAUUAUCCGAUAUAUCCCUGUAUUACCCAGAAUAUCUAAACCCAGAGUGAAAAUUGAGCUUUAUGGUGUUGAUUAUUUGACACCUGACCAUAAUUGGAAACUUGUGUUGCCACAUUCAUUUACUGAUUCCAUUCAAUUUGAAGACCUUCGCCCAACAAAUAGAAUUUGGCCAAAAGCUGCGUUUUCAUAUCUUCGAAGGCAUCAAAAAUAUCCACACUUAAGAACAGAAGAACUUCCAUCAAAUGAUUGUUUGAUUAAUCCUGAUUUUUGUAAAGAUGGGUUUACAGCUUCAUUUGGAUUUUCAGACAUCGAAAAAUGGAAACUUCCAAAAUCUCACGAAGCAUUUGUUAUUUCAAAAUAUUAUGAUGGUACUUGUGAACAGCUUACUUUGGAAAAGAAUCUAACCAUAAAUUCAAUGUUUGGCAUUCAUUUCAACAGCAUUCAACUUCAAAGAUUUCAGACAGUGCAUUCCUUGCUACAUAUGCGUGGAUAUUUUCCAAAUUCAAAUUUAAUUAUUCAGGCUUUUGUGAAUCAGAAUACUUCUUAUGUUGAAAAUUGCUUGUAUGGAAAGGCUCCACACCAAUAUAUUCUUAAAGGAAAAUUUAAAUUUUCCUCUAAAAGAAUUGAUAUUAGUAAUUUUCUGCAACGAAUUGGUAAUUCUAAAGCUUGGAAAUAUGGUACAUCGUUGUCAUUGGUAAUUGAACCAACAGCAGCAAACUAUCUUGGUGUAAUGAUUUCUUCAUCUUUAUCCUUGAGCAUUUUUCCUGCUUGUCAUAGUCAUAAAACCAACAUCAUAACACAGCUACCUAAUUCAAACUUCCAACAACAAUCCGAUACAGACUGUCAUCAGUUACCCCAUCUUGUUAAAUUUAGUGAAAAGGGUUACCAAUCUUGCAAUCACAAUGAAAUAGUUCAAAUCAACUUGAUGAAGCAGUAUCUUAUAACAGCUCUAAAAGUGGCAGGUGUUAAACAGUUAAUUCACACUGAUUUAAAUGUGACGACUUCCUUCAAAAUAGAAUAUUCCCGUAAUAACAUUGCCUGGGAGACCUUUUCUUUGGAUUUUGAACGGAAAAUAAUUCAUCCUGAAAAGACAGAGAUAACUCCAUUGCCACAUCCAGUAUAUAUGCAGUACCUCAAAAUAAUACCAAACAAAGACAAGUACGUGGGUACUAACCAUGGUUUAAGAUUUGAUGUUAUCACAUGCGAUAAUGCUGAAUCCCAACAAUCAGGUUGGAUAAAGUUGAAUAGUGCUGAUGUGUGCGUUGGGGUAAAAGAUGAAUCUCCCGGAAGAUUUACUUUGCUUAACAAUGUUGAUAUAUCCUUUGUUAAAUUUGUACACAAAUCUGGGGGUGUAGCUUGUGCACAUGGUUCGUCACAAACUAACUUUGGUUGUGGAUCAACAAUGCUGAUAUUUUUGACUGAUGGAAGUAACAAAGUGAUAUUACCAUCAUUGUCAAAUAAUGGAUAUGAAGUACCACCUUAUGAUCCUAAUUCUCCAAAUUUCCAGUUAAAGUUAAAUGAACCAAGAUUUUUUCAAUAUGGUCAGGAAUUUGCUGUAUGGUUUGGAGAAGAUUUGUUUAAUGUAACUGAAAAUGAUAACCAUGGUUCCACUUGCUUGGACUUAUAUGGUUGGGGUCGACCCUAUCCACACCGGUCUCUAAUGACCACUAAACUGCAAACAACAUAUCUUUGUGUGACAGUUUCAAGUGAUACACUGAUUGUUGACUCACACUGUGAAGAUUCCUUCUUUAUGACAACUGAAAUGUAUCUUGUUCAUGCCAACAGUGGAAAAUGUGUAAUGCGUGAUUGUUCAACAAAUUCCUGCGAAGUCAGAGUGGUACAAGAGUGUAGUCAUGAAUUUGAAAUUGUUGAAGGGUUUGUUAAGCAUACUCAGUCAGGUCAAUAUUUAGUAGAGCAUAAUGGUAAAGUGGUUUUAGCAUCAUCCUGUGAUGGAAAUUGUUUUAUCUUAACAGAUUCUGUUGAAUUUCUUAACACUGAAAUCUGGGAACAUUAUUUUUCCAAUAAUUUGCUCAUGUCUAAAAAAGGUGCAAGUAACACUGACGAUGCUGCAAGAAAAUGUUCACAACACAAUUCUGAUCUUUUAAGUAUUCAUUCAAAGGAGGAAGCAUUGGCAAUUUUCAAUUUUCUACGCACAUCCGAUUUAAAUUACCAAUAUAUGAUUGGAUUAAAAAAAAUAGCUACAUCCAAUGUUUAUUCUUGGAUUGAUGGCACCCCAUUUGAUAAAGAUAAGUUUGAUGGGAUGAAAGGCAACAUGUCUGCAACAAAUAAUCCUUGUAUAAUCAUGCAUGACGGAAAACUGCAUAUUCUUGAAUGUCAUUCAAGGAAAUUUAUUUGUAAGAAAAAAUUCUAUUCCAUACCAGAAUUCAGUGUGCCGUUAUUAUCAAGUGGUUUGCAUUCUGUUGACAACUACCAUGAAGGAAAGGGAUUUCAAGUUAAUUUGGCAUUUUUCCACAAAUUUUAUUUAUCUGCUACUGUGGAAUCAGAUCACAGUUCUUGCUAUGCAAGUUAUAAUUUACCUAAUAAAGUUGAAUACAAUGUCAAUUUAUUUGGAAUAACAUGGUCGAAAUUGAAAAAAGAAUUAAAGUUAUAUUUAGAUGGUAAAAGUGUAAUCAGCGUUGCAUGUAUCGAUCUUUCAUCAUUUCACAGAAUUGUGAGAAAACCUAUUGAACCUAGCAUGUCAAAUUUUAUUAAUAUUGCUGGAUUUUAUGACCAUUUGGCAAGUUAUGGUAGCAGUAAUUAUCGUAGCAUACUAAAUGAUGUUAAAGUGUGGAGAAUUUAUCUGACUGAUGACCAGUUUUAUGACGAUUAUAGCAGUAACAAAAUUACAUUUUCUGAAAAUUAUCGUGCUGUUGAUGAUAAAAGUCCCUGGAAAUUGCAGAACACAUGUGGUGUUAACAAGAAUGUUCCAUGUUACGAUGUAGACAUGUCUUUGGCGAAACUUACUGAUUGUGUUUGGUUGGAUGGUGGUCCAGUCGGUGAUUUUAACCUUGCAUUCAACACAUUGGAUGAAACUCGUUGUAUUUAUAAAUGCUACUUAGAACGUAAUAAGAUUGGCAGCAUAAAUGGUGUGUCAUAUGCAAACAAACAGUGUUAUUGUGUUAGCGAUAUGUAUGACAUAAACGAUACAAUGCGACAUCAAAAAUCAUGUUUUCUUCCCGUGAAAGUUACUAACGGCCGACAGACAGUACAGAAAUCCAUGAAAAAUAUCAAAAUCCACCCGGUCAAUAAAAUGUGGUAUGGUAUUGGAGAUGAUUCUUUUAUAUACCGUCACCCUGCAAGGACUUCACCAAACGUUGAUCUGUGGAAAAAAGUUAUUGCAAUGUGUGCUGUUAUAAAAUUUGAUAUAUUUGAGAGAAAUAUAUGGAUACUUUGUAACAAUCACAGUCUUUAUCAAUGGUUUAACAAAGAUCACAUAGUUAAAUAUAAUGGAAAGUAUCGAGACAUUGCUGUUGGAAAGGACUUCUUUUAUGGUGUUGGGAAGAUCACCUAUUCGUUAUACUAUAUUCCUUAUGCAAUAUCAAAAACACCCACAAGUAUUAGCAACAAAGCAAUCCAUAAGAAAUUAAGCAUUGAUGCAUACAACAGCCGAUGCUACAUAUUAACAAUGGAUGGUAACAUUAAAUUUGUUUCAGAUAAAAAUAAUACAAAAUCACACGAUUUACCUGCAGUUGAAGAUAUAUCUCAAAUAGCAACUUCGAUUUUUGGAAACUUAUACAUCAAUAAUGGAAGGAAUAUUAAAAUCCUAAAUAAUGACAAAUAUGAUGAUGUUCAACUAACAGACAGCAAUAUGGUGUCUUUCACAGCCUUUGAUGUUGAAAAUGAUGAAUACCUUAUUGGAAUGAAUGAAAAUGGUGUGCUUCAUCAAUAUACCAUUAGCACAUCUGAAAAGAUCGUUUUAUAUGCCAAUGCAUCACAAACCAAUAUGACCGCAAUUCAUAGGACAAAUAACCAUUCCAGUUGUGACUCAAGUUUAAUUAAGGUUAAUGCAAUGCAAACAGCAGUAGUUUUUACAUUUGCGGUUGGAAUCCAACAGGAUGUGAUUAUAAAUACAGCAUUUAUCCAUCUUAACAUCAAUGAGAUUAACAAAUUGUCAACUUCAGCAAGUUACAAAAUUACCACUUUAUGGCAGUCUCCACAAGACAUUGUUGGCUGUGAACAUAUAGUGGCAGAAGAAAACCAUAAUCUGGUUAAACCGGUAUCAUGGAGUGUUAAGGUAUUACGUAAUGUUAUCACCACGGCAGAUGUCUCAUCACUUAUUCAGCAUGCUGUCAACCAUGGGCAUUGGUUUCAUGGGCGCUAUUUAUAUGUGACAAUGAUACCUGAUGCUGAUAAUGAUGUAAAUCUUGAAUUUGAUAUAAGAGCAGCAUACUUAGAAGUAUUUUAUGCCAAUCAAAAACCAAAUAACUACUUACAUAUUCCAACAUCAGCUCUACCAUACACAAGUUUUCAAACAGAUUAUUAUUUACCUAAUCAUCAAUAUUUAACAUUUUGGCUAUAUAUGUCAGAGAAAGGGAGUGCUAUUCUCAUGGUCUGGAAAAUCUAUUAUUGGUAUACACAUAGAAACACCAUGCUAUGUAGAGCUAAAAACAAGGACUUUACCAAAGGUUGGAAACAGAUAAAUGUGCCUUUGUACUCAACCAGUUACUUUAAGCUUUCCUUCCAAGUGUAUCACAGAGACAGGAGUGGAUAUGGUGAUGUUGCAAUUGAUAACAUUCAUGUUUUCAAAGAUUUGGAUUAUAGUGGAGUAAAUAAAAUAACUAAGGAUUAUCAAUCAUUUUAUGAUCCUGCAAAUUACACCUCGUACAUUGCUGUUAUGAAGACCUUAAAUUUACCAACACCUCUUCUUCUAUAUCCUUUGGCUUUACCUGAAUAUUACUUACAAGACUAUGGCCCGCAUCAUCUUCAUUUGGUUGAUGAUACUAUUGAUAGCAAAGUUCGAGUUCACUUUCCUGACAAGUACGGAAUGUGGGAUCACUGUGUGCAAUUGGAUGAGCUGGAUUCUAAAUUAGGGUUAUUUAACCUAGACAUAUAUUCUGCUGUUGUUGCCAUAAAAACUGAGUGGGCAUUUUUAUUUCAUUUUUAUCCACUUUAUGUUGACAAAUCCAUAAAAAUUGUACAAUUUGGAAUCCAAGGUGAUUUGAUAAGUAUUAACAUGAAGCAGAACAGAUUAUACAUUGUAAUGCAAUCUAAUGCUGAAUUCAUUGAAGAAGUCUUUCCACUUGCAGUUAACAAAAACAAGUGGGCAUAUGUUGGUGUCACAUAUUCUGCAGGACGGAUGAAAUUAUUCAAGAAUAACAAAUUGGAAAAAGAAUUUGAUCUACCCUUAACAUUUGCCAUUCCAUUUCCACAAAGUAUCCAUUUCUUUUCCAAUGACAAAGUACACGAAGUCUUUAAAGGAUACCUUUCCUGUUUUCAACUUUAUAACAAAUCACUGACUUUGGCUGAAGUUAGAGCUUUAGAAUUUUGUCCGAAUCGUCAAGGUUUGUUUUUUAGUUUAUAAUGAAGUAAUGAUUCUUUUAAUUAUUUAAUUUGAUUUUUAAUAAUAAUUUUAAUAAUAAUUACCCAGCUGGCAAUAUUACAUUAUUAAAAUAUUAUAGUAACGUUGCACCGUGACCAUACAUGACGUUGUGAUAACGUCAUUAGAUGGGUACAUUUGCACUCAACGACGUCAGUCCAUGACGUAAUAAUAACGUUUGAAAGAUGUCAUUUUGAACGUCAUGGGUUGGUGAUGCUUAGGUGAUAUGACGUCUCAGUAACGUUAGCAUGACGUCGGUAUAACGUUUAAUUGAGUCAUCAGCAUGUCCUUUAGCAUUGUAUGAAGAACUCGUUUACAUCGUACAACGCCAUUGCAUUAUGCUUCCUUGUUUGGUUAUUUUUUGCAGAAUUAUUUCUGUGAACCCUAAGAUAACGCGAAAAAAUUAUUAUUAUUUUGUGGGAAAAAAGCAAAGUAAAAGAAAGACACAAAAAAUGUGUCAAGAAUUUAUUUUAUUCCAAAUAAAAAGUGUAACAGCUAAUAGAAACUAUGCUUCGUCAUCAAAAAUAUCCGUUGAUUAUUUCGACGAUGCGAAAUCACAAAGCUAU